UGACAGUUGGGGUAUUUUCAAAACUUGGAGCUUGUUGCCCCUCUAACACGGCAAUAAGAAGAAGCGGCCCAAGUCAUUCCUUGCAUUAUGCUUUUUGAGAAUUGUUGCUACAGCUGAUUCUACUGCUUUGCUGAGCUACCGGAACAAUCAAUGAGCUCUGUGGCACCGGAUAAGAAGCCCCGUGUGGCUGUUGUUGGGAAUGUGAAUCAUGUUGGCGAUGACUACUUAAAGAGCGUCAAAGCAGAGCUGGAUAUCGAGUUUCUUCAAUCGUCCAACCGGCAACAACUUCUGGAGGAGCUCCCUCGCUUCAUCGCCCAGUCAGGCCCAAUAGACGCUCUCAUCUGCACCGUUGAUACACCCUCUCUGAAGCCUCUCAAUGAAGAGCUGUUUUCUGCCCUUACUCCUCACUGUCGCGUCAUUGCCUCUGUGUGGGCAGGCUACAACGAGUUUGACGUUUCAUGGAUGACAAGCCAAGGCAUUUGGUUCUGCAACACUGUCGAUGCUGUGGCCGAAGCAACGGCCGACAUGGCCAUCUUCCUGACGCUGGCCGUGAUAAGAAACACGUACGUUGCGGAGAAGAGAAUUCGGGCAGGGUUAUGGUAUAACGGGAUUGUGCCUACCAAAGAUCCGACGGGGAUGACGCUUGGAAUUGUGGGCAUGGGGAGCAUCGGCAGGUAUCUGUCCGUCAAAGCCAAGACGUUUAACAUGAAAGUCAAGUACUUCAACCGGACGAGGCUGAGCGCUGAGAUUGAAGAGGCAUGUCAUGCCGAAUACUGCUCUUCAUUGGAGGAAUUGCUCUCUCAAGCAGAUGUGGUAUCGAUUAACUGCCCUCUUACACCGGCGACACGGAAUCUCAUUUCGCAUGCCGAAUUCAAGAUGAUGAAGGACAGGGUGUUUCUCAUCAACACGGCGCGAGGGCCUAUUGUUGAUGAAGAGGCGCUGAUUGAGGCCUUGGAGAGCGGCAAGGUCGAACGGGUGGGACUAGACGUGUUCACCAAUGAGCCCAACAUCAACCCGUACUUUAGGACGAGCGACAAAGUGGUACUGCAGCCGCAUAUGGGAGGUUGGACAGUGGAGGCGAUUCGUAGGGCUGAGAAGGAGUGUUUUGAGAAUGUCUUGAAGUGGAAGAGAGAGGGGAGACCAGUUGCGCCGGUGAAUGAAGUAUGAAGAAGAGAGAUUGAGAGGAAUGACAGCUAUAGUGUUGUGGAAUAUUCAGAUAUGAAGGUUGAAUACAAUGCUAAAACCUCGU